UCCAGAAAUAUGGCUUUGGAUUACCUAUGGCAGAGUAGGAGGAAGAAGAGAAUAAGGCACUGAAGCUGCGAUGUAGAAUCUUUUUAUUUUUCUUAAAGAUAGACUCACACUGAGAACUGAAUACCCUGUGAGGGCAAAUCUGAUCUGUGGAGGCAGGAUCUGAAUUAACAGUUGGGGCGGUUAGCUCUUUAGCCUGCAUUGAGAACAUGAGUGCUACCAACGCACAAUGGAUGUCUGAGCUGCCUCCCAAACUCUGGGACAUCCCACUUCACCAUCUAUCUAUUCCAGGGAGCCAUGAUACAAUGACCUACUGCUUGAAUAAGAAAUCUCCAAUAUCUCAAAAUCAAUCAAAGCUGCUGCAAGUAUUAAAUAAAGUAUUUCCAUGCAUCAUCCAUCCAGUGAUAUUAAAAUGGUCGACAACACAGGCACUGAAUAUAACUGAGCAGCUGGAUGCCGGCAUUCGGUAUUUUGAUCUGAGGAUUGCUCACAUGAUUGAUGGCUCUGAGAAGAAUUUGCACUUUGUCCAUCUCAUAUAUACAACAGCUUUAGUAGAGGAUACCUUAACAGACAUCUCAGAGUGGUUACAGAAUCACCCUAAGGAGGUGGUGAUAUUAGCCUGCAGGAAUUUUGAAGGAAUGACAGAUGAACUUCAUCAGUAUCUUGUCACCUGUAUAAAAAACAUUUUUGGAAAAACACUAUGUCCCAGAGGUGAACUGUUGACAUUGAAGCAACUUUGGAGACACGGUUAUAGGGUUAUUGUCUCAUACGAAAAUGAGAGUGCUGUGCAUAGUCAUAAGGAGCUAUGGCCUGGAAUUCCCUAUUGGUGGGGAAAUAAGGUGAAAACAAAUGAUCUGAUCUGUUUUUUGGAAUCAAUGAAAGAAUCUGGACGCCCAGAUGAAUUAUUUGUUGCAGGAAUUAACCUUACUGAAAACUUUCAAUAUAUCAUGGCUCAUCCAUCUGGAUCACUCAAGAAGAUGACUUUGCCCAGCCUCCCAUACCUGGAUGCAUGGGUUCAGAAACAAUGUCCUGGGCCAGGAACAAAGUGUACCAAUAUCAUUGCUGGAGAUUUCAUAGGAUCUGACAGUUUUGUCAGUGAUGUCAUUGCUCUUAAUCAAAAACUUCUUAUAGAAUGAUCAUGUUUUUUAAAAUUUUUUAAUGAAUCAAUCUUAAAAUUGAUUAUUUAGGUUUACCAAGUGACUAAAUCCCUAAAAAUUACUUAAUUACUUAAGGAUAUAAUUUCAUUAGUGUGGAUAUUUUCUCCAGAUUGCAACUCCUCCAUACCUUAAUAGACAAUUUAAUAAUUUGUUGUGGCUCACAAAAAAUUCAUUUUUUUUAGCAGUCACCUUCUGAUCAUGCCUUUCCAAAUUUAGAUCACUGCUGAGUUUGUUCUAAAAACAUUUUAAGCUGCCAGAGAUUGCCCCUCAAGAAGUUGAGCUCACUGGGGCAGCUAAUUGGCACAGUGGAAAGAGCACCAGCCCUGAAGUCAGGACGAUUUGAAUUCAAAUCUGGCCUCAGACACUUAACACUUCCUAGCUGUCAAGCUGGGCAAGUCAUUUAACUCCAAUUGCCUCAGCAAAAAAACCAAAAAAAAAACAAAAAACCAAAAACAAAACUUGAAUCACUAACAUUCUACAAUGUAGCAUCCAAAUGGGACUUUAAUAGAAAGAUAUGAUUAUAUAAUUAUGGAACAUUGGUAAGAGGGUGAACCAUCUGGAGCUCCUUAGGUCAGUGUGAAUCUAAAUUCUCUGAAUCAUGCUAAAUACUGCAGAUUCCUUAGGGUAAAAGAAACUCACCAUUGUAUACUUUCAUAUGUUUAUACUUUUAUAUUGUUAAAGAACAAUAUAUAUUUAUAAAGAACAAUAUAACAAUUCUGACCAUCAGAAUAGCAUGUUGACAAUCGCAAAACAUGAAUCCACAGGUCCAAAUGAAUACGAAAAGCUUUUUAUAUUCUUGUUGAACAAAUACAAUCGUUUUGGAUUCUUCCUCAGAAUUUUAUAUUCGUAGUUUAUUUUUUAGCCUCAUUAAAAAUCCCUGUAUGCUUUCCUCUUCCCUGGCCCUCAAGGCUUGCCACUAGAUUGACUGAUUUGCUUCAGUGUUUCUAGUGGUAAAGUGGAACAUAUUUCUUGGGAUGUUUGAGAACAGUUUCUUACACAGAUUAAAGAUAUUAAUAUACUUAUUCUUCCUAGAAAUUUUAUCAUAUUUUAUAAACAAUAUUUGAAACAUAUCCCCAUUGCAAUUUACCAGAGGUUCAUUAAACUCUGGCAUAUCCAUCUAGAUUACUGAUGAAAAUAACUGACAUAUACCUCCUGUAUAUGAAUACAUGGUAGUGGUGUCCAUUAUUUCUUCAAGAAAUUUUCUUCUUUCUCGAAUCCCAUUCUCAUUUUGUUUUUGAAGGUACUUUUUCUCCUGAUAAUUUCCUCCUGGACUCUAAUUAUCACUGUCAUAUGACCUUAUGUUGUUUCAAAUCCUCUUGCUUUCUACGAAUUCCUAAGCAACCCUACUGAUCCCCUUUGCUGUUCACAUAAUGUUCUAAGACUUUCUGUCCUCAAAUUUGAGCUCUGUGUUCUCUAUCUAAAGUUAGAUUCUGCCCUCAUUAUUUUGGUUGUUUUUCAAGGCUAUUUUUUAACCCCUUGCUUAUAAGAUCUGUUAUUUAUCAUCUUGCAAGCAAUUUCUUUGUUAAGCACUCAUUUCUUGUAUUCGCAUACUUAUCUGUAUGUCCAAAUUUCAAAAAAUGAAAAGGCUGCAUUACCUUGGUGUAUUUCGGCAGCUUUAAGCUGUUGUGAUCACAGUGCUUUUGUUUUUAAAAGUGGAAUAAAUACAAGUAAUAUUUAUUAUUUCAAUUUCCUCACAAGAGGAAUGUUGUAGGCAUGACUCCAGAAGAUCAGGGAUGAAGCCUGCUUUCUGUCUUUUGAUAGAGGUAAUGUACUUGAGGUACAGAAUGAGGCAAAUUCUUCUGAUAGUACUAAUGUGUGGAUCUGUUCCUUUUGUCUGAUGAUGGUUGUUAUAAGGGAUAAAGAUUUUAUUAGGUGAAAGAGUUUGAACCAAGGGGAAAAAAGAAUUAGAAAAUACACAGAAGAUAGCAGAAGGAAAUUUAGAGAGAAACACAGACAAGAAGGCUGGUAUUGGAGUUACUGUUAUAUUUAUUAUAUACUUUAAAAAAUAAGCUGCAUAUAACAACUUCAUGGUUUCAUAUAGGAUUCUCUUGUGUUUUUCAUUGUAAAUUGUUGUGUCCUGCUUUCUACAGCCCCCAAGUUGGGGUGACAAAUUAUACUGUGCUUUCUAGAGCCCCCAUACCAGUGAAGGAGUGAUGGGGCGAGACUUCCAAAGAUGGUUAAAAUAUGGAGUCUGUUUAUUCUAAAGUCUUCUCCCUUUAUAUACCCCAAUACCCUUAUGUAACCAAAACAACACUGGGCAUGCGCUAAGUAUAUACUGCGCACAUGGGACCAUACAAACAACUUACUAUUAUAUGUAGUUUGCCAUUUGGUAUCACUCUGCUUCAAUCACAACACAGGUAGUCACUACCCCCUGACUUCUCAGGAAGACUGAGAGCCCUUAGGGCAGAUGGGAAGCCAAACCAGACAUUGUCAUCAGGUUCCCUCCGGGCUGAAGGGUCUUAUACCUCACCCAGAGUUCUACUAUCUGUGGCCCUCUACAGUAAAUGGAAAUCUUUGUUGAUAUUGGCCAAGUUCACAAUAAAAAAAUUAAAAUAAAAAAAGAGUAAUGAUUUAAGAUACCUAGAAAUAUAUAAUAAUUGCCACUGUUAUCUUAAAUACUAUAUAUUGUUGUUCAGUGAAUGAUCGUGAGAUGUAAGACUUUUUCUAAUAUCCAGCUGAAGUCCAACAGUAUUAAAACUUCUAAUACUAUAAUUGAUUCAUUUUAGAAUCAAAUUAGUAAUUUUUUAGGAUACUUCAAGGUACCUGAAGGGCAGCAUGAUAGAUGCAAAUAAACAAAACCCCCAAAGGGAUCAACUUCACAUAUGAUUGAAAUGAAUGAAAUAAAACAACACUUUAUCGUAUCAGAGGAGUCAUUUAGUAAAUAACUGACAUCCUUGUACUUAAAAGAAUAAAGUCAACACAUAAACUUAUUAAAGUUAUUAAAGCAAAUUUAUUUAUUUUUUGUGGGUCAGUUGUUUCAAUUGUAUCUGGCUGAUAUCAUUUGAGUUUUUUUUUUUUUUUUUUUGGGCGGGAGGCAAAAAUACUGGAGUGGUUUGCCAUUGCCUUCUAAUUCCUUCCUUUCCAGCUAAUUUUACAGAUGAGGAAAUUGAGGCAAACAGGGUUAAGUGACUUGCCUAGGGUCACACAGCUAGUAGGUAACAGCUAGUAAUUUAUAGGAAGUAAGGUGUUUAUAAACAUUGUGCUAAGUGCUCUACAAAUCUUAUCUCAUUUGAUUAUUUGCUGAUUAAGUACAACCAGAAAAGAUAAUGCCCAUAAAGAACUAAUGGAAUAAAGAAGCUUAAAGCUAGGAGGAGAAAUAAUUUACUAAUAAGAUUUUUUUUUCCUAUUUUUCCUAUCUUAGGAAAAGAUGAAUUUUAUACCAAAGCAUCUUAUUUGUCAGUACUGUUUGCUAAAAUGAACCAUUUAAAAUUUCACAGAAAUUUAUGAGGAUGAAUUUUUGAAUGUUUAUAGUUUUUUCAUUACAGCAAAUAUAGUUAUUAUAUACUUACAGCAGCUUUGACUUAAAAAAAGGGGGAAACGCUUCAAAAACAUUAGAUGUUUAAUUACUGUUUCUCAAAUACUACAACCUUUUAGAAAACCUAAAAUGUGCUUUUUUCCCUUUGUCGGAAAUCAUUAAACUGAAGGAAUGAAUCCA